AUGGACGAUAAUGAGGCUACCGAAUCGAGCUUAUCAUUUCGAAAUUUAGACUUUCACCCGGGCAAUGAUUGUAUUAUUAUGACGCAAUCCAUGGAUAAGAAAACCGUUAAGACGAUACCAGGAAUUAUUUAUGCUAUAUUACAGAUCUGGCAGAUUCGCGAUAAUCAAAUUCAAGCGAUGAAUAAGCAAAAUUCUUAUACAAACGAGAUACAAUCAUGCCAAUUUAUUAGAAAUGGCUUGAAACUUUUAUUAUGGUUUAAAAAUUAUGAAUAUGAUUCUAGCAAUAAGCGUAAAGCCAUGGAAUGGAGAAAUGAAUGCCAAAUAGAAAUUUGGGAUGUAGAAACAUGGCAAUGCCUAUGGCUAUUUCAGGUACCUGAUUGGGUUUAUCUCUCAGAAAAUUUUCUCCAAAUAUCUUCUAAAUUUGAACAUGGUCAAUCUUUACAAAUCGUACUACCUGGAGGUGAUGAUGAUACAUGGAUAAUCUUAGCCUAUAAAGAAAAUUUGGCGCUUGUAAAAUUAACAAAUGAGAAUACUAGUUCAAGUCAAGAGCUAGUUAAGCAUUGUAAGCUUCUAUUUGAAGGUAAACGUAUGUCAUCUAGAAAUAUAAGAAAAAUCAUUAGCUCAAGCGAUCAUCAUUACCUAGGAAUUAGCAUGACCGAAGACUCAAUGUGGAUAAUUAAUGUUACAAAUGGCGAAAUCGAAUCAUAUUUGAAGAUCACAACACCUAAUGUCUUGCAUGAGAAAAUGUUUAUACCCGGAACUCAUCAUGUGCUUGCUUAUGGAACUCUUCCAAUCUGCUUAUCCAAUUAUUUAUCCUUAUACGAAUAUAAUCUAGACACUGAAAAUCAACCAUGGCGGACCAGAGAAGCUCACCAAAAUUUAUGUAACGAUUCUUACAGAAGCUAUUUAGAACGAAAAGUUUACCAUAAAUAUUGCCAGGCAAAUAUAGCAUUUGCUAACAAUAUUCCCUUUGCUACGCACUUAAUCGAAACCGAAAUUAAUGAGGAUUUCAACAAAUAUCAGCUAAAGAUUUAUCAAGGAGAGACAUUAUCAACAAUAUCAUGUCAUGAUUUGGAUCAAGAAUAUUAUGCAUGUGCAAUAUGCGAUGAUUUCCCAUCAGUUUUUCUAUUUGGAAGAUGUGAAUGUAAUCAUGUCGAUUGCUAUGGAGAAGAUUUAGUGAUCCAUGAUCAUCUUUUAAUUACUGAGUUGAUCGACAUAUUAAACAAGCAUACCAUUCCAAACAACCAGAAGAAGGUCCAGUACCGUUUUAGAAUACCUGACAAAAUUAAAUCUGUGUUCGUUAUGGAGGCAAGAUAUAGAAAGCGCGAUGAAACGUUAAUAUUUGUAGUUAUAGCAAAGCUUGAACCUUCUACUGAUGAUUCUCUCGAUUUUGAGACCGAAAAACAACUUAUGGUAAUAACCAUAAAUUACCAUAAUGGACAUACGAAUAUCUUCGUCGAUGAAGACAUUUGCUAUAAUAUUACUGUCAGUUAUUGCGACGAUUCCUAUCUGGUAACUUGCAUGGAAGAACGACCCGAGGACUUGAUAGUAGCGCGGUAUAAAAUAGGUGAUGAAACGAAGGAAACAGAAUAUACAGAAGCAUUUCAAUACGAUGAAGACCUUGGUUUGUGUGGUAGAAUAAUUCUACCAGAUGAUCCAUUAACAUCUGAUCCCGAGGUGGAUUGUCUUGAUCUUCGUUAUAACGCCUAUUUUCUAGUCAAAAAGGGAGACCAUGUCACGUGCUUCGAUGUAAAAAAGAAAGUUUUUAAGAAAGGCUACAAGGACAAAGUGAUUUUGAUUAAGAGAUGUAAUUAUUUCAAUGUGCAAAAUUUAUGGUCGGAUCGAUUUUUCUUAGUAUUUGAUGACAACUUUGAAGAGAAAAAACUAAAAAUUUGCAUCUAUGAUGCAAAAUCUCUGCAAUUUCUGUACGAGUUACCAUUCCCUUCGUAUGAUAUUAAGGCUAUAAAAUGGAAUAGUGACCAGUCCGCAUUUAUUACUGUUGGAUUGGAAAUGUUUACUGUCAUCAAAUUAAUUACUGAACCCGGUAGUAAAUAA